UUUAAGGGAAGCUGGAGAAGGAGGAGGAUCGGGUCAUGGCUGGUCCUGACGCUGGGGUGAUUAAAAGAUUAUGGGAAAUAUGUUAGGCUGUAUAAGCUUUCCUUCGUCCCUGCGAUUUAGUCAUAUCUUACAAAACCUUCUGCUUUCUGCACUGUGUUAUAGCAUAUACCUCAGUAGGUGACUUCUUUGUUUUACCUACAAAGUCAUUUGUGAGCCUCCAGUUCUCAAGGUAAAGUAUCGGGUGGUCUAUGGAUGAAUAAGGAGUGAAAGCAGGAAGCACUUGUCGCAGCUCACCUAUCAAAAUCAAUUCACUAGGUUUUAAACUCUGUUGUUUGGAAGGUAACAUCCAGGUGCAGAUUAUGGCUCAUCAACUUUCUAAAGAAGAAUUAGAUGAGCAGUUUGAAGAGUUUCUGAAAGAGUCUCUUUCAGAUGAUUCACUUGAAAAUUCAAAGAAAAAAUCCAGCAUUCUUGAGACAUUGGGACAGCCCAGGAAAAAAGAAACAAAGAAAAAGGAUUCUGUGCUGUGGUGGCUAUCUGAAGAAGAUUCAGACAAUGGUGGAAUGCUUGGAACCAGUAGAAACUUUGUAAAGAUACAGAACACUUCACAGACUAAGGGAGAGAGUUAUGAGAAUAUGCACGUGGAAAAGAUGCAGCUUGAGAAAAGUAAUGGGGUUGCUGUCUCCUUAAGCAGAGUCAGCCUGGAGGCAAAUGAUUCAGUUUUAGCUUCUGAGCCUAAUCAAAGUAUCGUGGGAGCUGGAUUGGAUACCUUGGAAGAACAAGAAGAAAAAGAAAUGUUCUUUGCCAGACUUGAACGAGAAGCUUCCUCUACUAUUGAUUAUUCAAGAUUAAAUAAAGAGCUGGAUUCCAAUGAUUCUGUCAUACUAGCACCAUUUUUACGAAAUGAAGAAACUGAAAAAGAAAAGGAAGCUGCACAUGAAGAGAAAUCUGGCAGCUACAGUGAAGAUUUUGAAGAAGAAACAGAUUCUGAUCCUGCCUUUAAAACUGAAGGAAGUCACAUGAAUCAAAACAUCAUUUCAGGAGUUGAUUUAAGUCCUCAAGAACAGGAAGAAGUAAAUGCUGGCAUGCUGGCUAAAGUUGUAUUACUUGAUUCACAAGAUUCAACUACAGAACUUCAGAAGGCUGUUGAAACAUCAGAUGUAGCUGUAGGUGAACAUCGUCUUCCUGAAGAAGUCAGUGGAAUUGAAAUGAAUGAAGCAGGCACUUCCUAUGAGCAAACCACCAGUGACAUGGAAGCGUUACACCAAGCAUACCGUCAUAUUGAUCAGUCUUUGGGAGACACUGAUGAGCAAAAACUGCACGAUCCUGCAGUGGCAGUCUCAGAAUACAUAGUGCAAGGUGUUUCACAAAAUAAUGACGUCUAUUCAAAAGGCAUGUCAACCAUAGAAUCAGAUUUACCUACUAUGGAAGAAUUGAUGAAACCCAUUAAAGGACAUUCGUGUAAUGUCAGAAAUUUUGAUGUGGAGCAUGAGAGUCCUGUGAAACUGGUAGGCAGCGCAGCAAAUGACCUCAGCAGCUGUUCACCCAUUAAAGAGCACCAGAAUAAUAUGAUUUGCAAGGCAAAUUUAUUUGAAAAAUUUAACAAGGAAGAGAGCAACUUUGUGCGGACAGGUGUGAAUGACAGUAACCUUCAGAGAGUGACUGAGAAAGAAAUUCAGACCAGUGAAGUACAGCCUGAUGUACUAAGAGAAGAAAUAGUACAAGACUCUCUGCUUUCACAAGGCAGCAAAACUAAACAAGCUCUUCGGUCUUGUUCCUUGAAGAAUGAAAGAUCGGAAUCGAUGACAACUAAACCAGCAUUAUACAAGAAUAUCGGAAGUCCAGCACCUAUACAUAAAAAGAAAUCUUCCUAUGGUACUCAUGGGGUAGUUAAAAGUUCUGGGUAUGGGAAACCCAAUUCACUCUCAAAACAGUGUUUUCCAGUUAAUGAAAAGAAAACACCAAAAGAAACUUUCAAAAAGACCAAUGUGAAAGCCAGAAGUCCUGCAGAUAAAUCAAGAUCUAAAGAAGCCUUAUUUGCUACUAGGAUAAUAAGAUCUACAACAAAUGAACCAACUUUGAAGGAAAGUGUUAACAGAGCUAUGUCAAGCAAAUCAGUCGUCAAUAAUCUUGGACAGCAGGCCAUGGAUUAUUGUAUGCAAUAUCACCAUGAUUUAUCAUUUUCUCCUAUCAAGAGUUGUGACAGAGAACUAUAUUUGCUAAAACGAGUACAAGUUGCAGAGGAGGAGCUGAACACAGCUCGUGAUUUGAUUCAACAGCUAACCAUCACAGUUUCACAAAAAGAGAAAGAAAUAGAGACAAAGAUAGUAGAGCUGAAAACACAGCAUGAAAAAGAGCUUUCUCAGCUGGGUCAGGAAAACUACGUUCUUCAGUCUAAGUUAAGAAGUAUGGAAGAGCUGACUCAAGAAAAGAGGUGGACCUGUUGCACAGCAACAGUUCCUGUCACUGAAGAAAAACUGGCACAAAUACAAAAGGAAAUUGCAGAUCAAGAGGUCAUUAUUCAAGGUUAUCAACAGGAAAAUGAGAAGUUAUACAAACAAAUGAAAGAGCUACAAAUCCAAAACAAAAAAAAUGAGGAACAAAUGUUUAAAGAGAAUCAGUGUGUAAUGUCUGAAUUAAUAGCUCUAAGAGAAAAGGUAGAGAAGACUAAUAUCCAGGCACGAAUCGUGCAGGAUUCUGAACCAGCCAGAAAUCAGAGCUUCACAGAAUUGAUUUCAGAGCUUCGAGCAGCACAGAAGGAAGAAACUAAAUUACAAGAAGAGAUAAGACGUCUCAAACAAGAUAAGCAAGCUCUUGAGGUAGACUUGGGACAAGCAAAGAAGGAGAGAGAUUUAGCAAAAGCGCAGACUGCAUCCAUAUCAGGUGAGAAGUCUUACGAAUUUAAAGUUAAGGAAGAAUCGUACAAACAGGAAAUCACUCAUUUGAAAAGAAAACUUGAGUGGUAUGCAGAAAAUCAAGAUCUUCUGGAUAAAGAUGCAGCCCGUCUUAAAGAUGCAAGAAAAGAAAUUGAGAAACUGAACCUAGAGGUGGAGAAGCUCAGAGCUGAAGCUGGAGGUCAGUGUGUGCCGCAGAAGAAACGUUUGCGAGACAGAGCAGCAGAUGCUAAAAGAAUUCAGGAUCUCGAGCGACAAAUCAGUGAAAUGGAAGGAAUUCUAAAAAGAAGGUAUCCAAAUUCUUUGCCUGCUUUGAUUUAUGCUGCUGCUGCUGCUGCUGAGAAAACUAAUGAUCUUUUGGCUAAACCAAACACAGUUGAUUUCCUGGAGAGAAGAAUAAAAAAGUUAGAAACAGAACUUGAAGGUAAAGAUGAUGAAGCUAAAAAAAGUCUCCGUGCCAUGGAACAACAAUUUCAAAAAGUCAAGAUACAGUAUGAGCAAAGACUUGUAGAGCUUGAGCAACUGCUUGCCUACAAAUUCAUGGACCAAUCACCAAAAUUGAACAGUGAUAAAGCCAGUUCUACAGAACUUGAACGGGAGCUUCAGAAUCUGAAGAAGGUCCAUCAGAUCACCAUCAAAAACCUCCAGACAGAAAUUGAAAACCUUAAAAGUCAAAAUUCCCAAUUAAAACUCAGAAGUAAAAAAGACAAUAAAGACUUAGAGUCCACAGACUCUCAAAUGAAACAAGGUAACACAAAAGACAAACUGUUAAAACUAAAUGAAGAACUGGUCACCAAAAAUAAAGAAAUACAAGACCUUACAAAAACAGUAGAGAAACUUCAAAAAGAAAGGAUGAUGAUGUUGUCUGAUAAUAAUUUGAGAAAUAAAACUGAUAACAAGGAAAACUCUACAGAGAUCUUGAAAAAAAAUAUCUCAGCAACAGAUAAAAAGAAUUCCAGCAACAGUAAACCCUUUCAAAGCAUUUUGAAGGAUGGCAAAAUAUACCAACCACAUACCUUUUCUGACCGUAAUCUCUCGGAAGUUCUACAAGAAAAUGCACAGCUGAAAGAAGAGCUAGAAAGAUUGUCUCUAGAAAUGAACCAGCAGAGGGUGAAGUCUCAAGCAACAAUAGCUUAUUCUGAAAAUAACAUACGAAGGAUACAGGAAGACACAGCAGAAUACAUUGCAUCUCUGAAAGCUUCCCAUCAGAGAGAAGUGGAAGAGAUUCUUUGCCAGCAUGCAAAGGAGCAUUCUACUUCUAAAGUAGCUGAAUUGAGCAGCAAAAUUUCAACACAAGAGAUAUUAAUAAAACAUCUGCAAGAACAAAUUGGUGAACAACAGAGACAUCAGGAAGCCCUUUUAGUUUCACAGAUGCGAGAGGAACUCCUACAAAAAGAGGUGACAAAAUUGUUGGAAGAACUGAGAGAGGCUAAGGAGAACCAGAGUCCCAAAAUGAAACAUUUCUUGUGCCUGGAAAAGAAAAUCAAGCAUAUAGAGACCAGGCAUGCAGAACGGCAGCAAGAAAUUCAAAAGGCAACCCAGCUAUCGCAACAUGUUGCUCAAGUGAGACAAACCCAGGAGGUGGAGAAGUGGCAAAGGCUGGCACAGCGGAAGAACCAGGAACUGGAGAGAUUUCGAGUGGAAUUGGAUUCAAUAUUAGAUGUUUUACGCGAACUGCAGAAACAAGGGGUUGUUAUUCCUGCACCUAAUUACAGUGGAUUCAGCAUGCAAGACAGCUGUUGGAAGACGUGAUUGGGUAGGAGUUGAUUAGAGAAGUACAAUUUUAAUAUUCAAAGUUAUGUAUAGAAAAUAUUACUGACAAUCAUUAAUGUAGCGCUUGUAAAUUGAAUUGCAUUCUGACCUUAUCUGGAAUCUUGCUUGUCCAAAGGUAGGUUUGCCUUGAGCAGCACCCAGUUGUAUUGUAUGUCAUAUUUUGUUAGCAAUAAAGUUACAUGCCAUUUUUAAAAAAGAUUAGGAAUAUUGAGGUUAUUCCAUAAAUUUGAUCACUAAUGAAAAAUUCCAGUUGAUACUUUUUCAGAUACUGUAGAACAUGCCUUAGUAUUUUUAACUUUUGUUGAAUGAUUCCUUUGUGAACAAUAUAAUAUGCUGUUUAGCUUCUGGUUUUGGUGUGUAGAGUUACUAUUUUUCAUUCAUUAAGGCAUGAAACUCUCUUUUCCCAAGACUUUGCUUCUCUCCCUCCAAUUCAUGAAGCAUUCCUUCCCUUAUCUAUCUUUAAUACCACUUUCAACUUUGUGAAUGGUUGGUGGGUUGGAGCAGAGCAGGCACUUGCUGGUGAUGCUCAGAUUCAAACUAUUCUUUGUCUCCUUUUCAUAUAUUUCCCACUGUGCUGGUAAGAAUGAUGGCAGAGUGAUCUAGCUGAGUUGGACAGCUAUGAAAAAAAGCCUAUAAAAUACAGUGAGAGUAGUUAUCGGUAUCCCUUUUAGAAGGGAAAGCUGUAUUGAGUAUGAUUUUUACAAGGGGCUGUUCUGGUUCUGAGAUAGUAACUUUAUAGAUGAUCUUGACAGAACAAAGAGGCCAGCCUGCUGCUAAAAAGGAUAAAAGAAGGAGAAGCAUUAAGUCAAGUUAAAGAAAAUUCAAGCUAGCUGGCUUUUGGUGGCUUGAAAGACAGGUUUGCAAACACAUCAGUAAAUUACUAGUUUGAAGUCUCAGCAGUGCAAGUCCUUAAGAAUUCCACAGCACAUAUACUGAGGUUGUAGUUCAAUCAACUACCCUUAUUUAGGACAAUAACAAGAUGAAAACUAGAAUCUGCUCUUCAGAAUGUACUAGAAUGUAUUGCACCCUGUACUACUGGAAAUAGUUCAGGUCUGUGACUAUAUGAUUGUGCUUCUUUAAGGAACAGCAGUAAAUAGGUUUGGUUUAUACAAGCAUGUGACUGAGCAUGCAUAAAGGACAAAAUAAUGUAACACAUUAUACUGUGGAAACACUGGCAGUAAUAGUGCAAGGACUUUUCUUUCUUCUCAAGCAUAUACAUACACAAACAUAAGUGAGAGUGAAUACACACAAAUCAAAAAAAAGAUAAGUCAGUUAGCAAUAUCGUAAUCUGUCUUGGUUGUUUCAUAUACAGGUAUUUUCAGUAUUUUUAGUGAGGCUGUUUUGUCCCCCAGAGAUGAAGUAUUAGUCUGUAUUCAUAAACUAUGUAAAUACAACACUGCUUUGUAUAGAUAAGCUAUGUGUAAAUAUGCCUUUGUGUUCUUGAUUUUGGAUUGUUUUGCAAAUGAAAAGCAUAAAACUGAGUAAUUUCAACUCUAAUUUUUUUUUCUUUCUGUACAAUUUGCCAUUGAUGUAACUCUGUAUUAAAGUCCGUGACCUGAAGUGUGAUGUUUUUAAUUACAGCUGGGGCACUGCCUGGGAUGGGAAGGCCCAGGGGGAGCAUUUCUGGUUGCUGGAAAUUCUCUCUCCAAACAUUGCCUUCAAAUGUUCUCACAUGAGUUACAUUUCAAAUUAAAUUAUCUCUCCUAGUUUGUUUUACUGAGCAGGGACAGUAUUAUUGACCAUUACUGUAAGCUAUACUAUGGUUUAUACUGUGUUCUCACAUGUAUUUAUGUAGUUACACAUAGACUACAUGGUCUUUAUUUUUCAGGCAUUUCCCAUGAAGUGGGUGCUCUACACAGUAACAGACUACCUCUGGUCUUGAGCAGCUGUAGCAAUGGCUUCUUUCUGAAGAACUAAGAUCCAAAUUUUAACUUCGCUGAUAAAGUUAUGAGUUUGUGACUCUCCAGCAGCCUGAAACAUACCCUGAAACACAGCUGACAGAAACGGCCAUUAGCUUUUACCAUAUUCCAGUGAGAAAUUUGGUGCAAUCUCUCAGAGUAAUAUAAUUCUAUACUGCUUUGUGUUUGUUUUUCCUCUUCUUCUGUUAUCCUAGUUCAUUGUGCAUUUCCAGGGCCCAUUAUAAUGGAUAGAUUAAAAGAAUCUUAAAGAUAA